UUCCAUCUAUCCUUUGAAUUGGACCCCUAAGCUAAGUAGUACUAGCUAGAGCAACUCUUUUUCAUGGCUACAUUAAUAGCUGCUAGCUCCGCCACCAUGCUAUUUCUAAUGCUCUUAUGCUCUCGCUGCUAGACAUGGCAAGUUCCCAGCCAGACUAAUCUCUCACUCCAUGCAUGCAUGCAUGCAUGUAUAAAUAGCAGCACUUUGAGGCAAGAAAUACGCCAUCUCCUUCACUUCCAUCUAUCCUUUGAAUUGGACGGACCCCUAAGCUAAGUACUAGCUAGAGCAACUCUUUUCAUGGCUACAUUAAUAGCUGCUGCUAGCUCCGCCACCAUGGUAUUUCUAAUGCUUUCGCUGCUAGCAGUCCUGGACAUAGCAAGCUCCUCCACAGAUUAUGGUGCUCUGCCAUCAUCCUUGCAGCAGGUGCCGUCACUACUGUGUCCAUACAACUGUCCCAAGGAAAACGAGACUCGCUUGCACAUCUACUUGCACCAAUACCCAGCGUGGCCAAACGUCCCCAAGCCAAACGAAGUAGGUGUGAUAAUGCCAAGCCAGCCUAUUGGGUUUGGCCAGAUUUACGUCGAUGACUGGUUCCUGACUAGUGGGCCGGAUCCGAACCAAAACAUUGUUGGACGUGCGCAUGGCUACCAUAUACAGGCGGGUCAGACCGUCACCAGUUGGUAUACUUCACACAUCUUUGCCUUUGAGAAUAAUGGCGACUGGUUUGCAGGGUCCAUUCUUCAGGUGUUGGGGAUCGUUAGCACAAAUCCUAGCGGCCAGUGGUCCAUUAUUGGUGGUACUGGAGCAUUUGCUAAUGCCCAUGGCACCAUCAACUUCUCAAGUUCCAUCAGUAGCACUGGCACUGAUGUCAUAUACACACUUGAUAUUCAUGUAUUCUAUACCCAAGAGAGUAAUUAAUGGUAGGUACGGUACGUACGCCUCUAUGACGAGAUGGUUGUUGUUGUACUAGAUUAUUAUUGAGUACGUGCUGAAACAAUAAUUUUAUAUAUCUAGCUUGCAUUGACGCGAGCUAGAUAUAUAGGUCAAUGCGUAAGUCUAUAUAUGAU